UAUGACAUAAAUGUAACAUUAUUUUGACAGUCCGUUUAGUCCAAAUUUUCGUUCGUUUUUCUGGUCAUGUUUGCAUACACCGCAUUACCGUUUUCAUUGGCUCCUCAGAUUUCGUUUGCCCUCUUUUUCCUAUCCAUUUUGUUCGCGACCGCUGCGGGUGUAACAGCAUUCCUGCUGCUGGCGUCCGGUAAUUUGCAAAAUUUGCAGGACCAAUUCGAUCAUCGCAAAAAAUCCCAUACAUUGCCAAUCGUAGCUGACAAUGGCGAAAUACUGGCGACCAAAGACGAACUUCUAUUCCACAUAGACAUUUUAGAGACCAAACUCAAGAACAAAGCAGCCGAAUUGGAAGCAUGGAAAGGGAAACUCAACAAAGCUGAGAUGGAAAUGCAAAAGUUGAACAAUGCCUCUGGAGAAGUUAGAAGACAUUACAUGAAGCUGAAAACGGAUGUUGCUAAGACAGAAGAUGAUUGCAAAGAGAUCCAAAAUCAAAUCGAUGAAUUUAGACGACGACAAGCUGAAAUAUGUCCAGAAUCAGCAGACAGAAGAGGACAUUCCUGCUCCGUAUUAAGUGGUUCCAAAGGAAUGAGCAAAAUAAGAAGCGACACUCCUCCCGAAGCUUAUGGUAAGGGUAACAUAUUUUAAUCGAAUCAGAAAAAUGACGUUAGAAAUAUUAAAUUUUGCGUUUGUACAAUUGUCUUGUGAAUAAUGGAACUGUCCCAAAAUAAAUGUGCCCGUGUAUUAUUUGUAAGUUGUAUGUUAUAAUAUAUGUAAUCGAUUCAU